AUGGUCCACCUCCCAAAGCAGGUGUCUCUGCACUUGUCCGCGAAGAUCAACAAGAAGUUCGUUUUCGAAGGUUUGGAACACUUGGGCGAGCUGCUGGGUGCCUCCUAUGACGACGGGCUCGUGGUCACCACCAAGACUGGUGCGGUGGCUCACUGCCGCGGUCUGCCCGUGGAGGGUCGCUGGCCAUGCCAGCAGGUCGCCGAGCCCUUGCCCACGCCCUUGCGCGCCGGCUGCGCAGCCAUGCUACCCGGAGGCACACUUCGUGCGGCGGUGAGCUUGGAAGAGGACGAUGGAGUCCUGCUCCUGCAUGCUGGGCUGGAUGGCAAGUGGACCCCCGUCGGCGAGGUCUCCUUGCCCCAUCAUUCGCAUCAUCGAUUCUCAUUCGAGCGCCGAGGAGCCGAGCUUUACAUCUCCUCUCCCCAUGGCGCGCUGAAGUGGCACAUUGGCACACUGCAGUGA